CUUUCUGUGUAUAUGACAUCGAAUAGCACUGACAGUAAAGUCAUCAAUUAUGUUUUUUUGUAUAGAUGGCACAGUCUCUGGUGGCUGUGUGGUACAUGUCUGUACAGGAUAUGAUGGAGGGGCUGGUGACGGCGAUAUUGUUGGUGAUGGUGACGGGGUCGGCGAGGGCGGUGGAGGUGGUGUUCUUGACAGGGUCGGAGAGGGCGGUGGAGGUGGUGAUGGUGACGGGGUCGGCGAGGGCGGUGGAGGUGGUGUUCUUGACAGGGUCGGAGAGGGCGGUGGAGGUGGUGAUGGUGACGGGAUCGGCGAGGGCGGUGGAGGUGGUGUUCUUGACAGGGUCGGAGAGGGCGGUGGAGGUGGUGAUGGUGACAGGGUCGGCGAGGGCGGUGGAGGUGGU